CAUCUUGAAAUUCAAAUCACACAAAUUGGUACAAAUUUCUUGAAAAUUUAUCGUUUAAAUUUUUCUCUUUUCCCAGUAAAUAGCCAUCAGUCAAAGAACUAUUUGCAGAAAAAAUGUUAAAGAAAAUGGAAUCCAAGUCGUCGAAGCAGGUGGUGAAGAAGUCAUCGAUGGAACAUGGUGAGACAUCGGCAACAUCUUCUGGAACAGAAAAAAUGGCUGACCUCCCAAACGCUUCACAAGUGAAGAAGAAGUUAAAAUCUCCAAUCGUUAAUGAUCCGUACUUUGUGAAUGCUACCACCAGCGAGAAGGAGAUAAUCAAGGAGUUGGUGAAAGCGGACGUGGAGGCGAUGUUGGAACGCGACGCUGUUGCCCUUCUUCCCGAAGGAGAUGAACCCCAACAACCUUCCAAUUUUGCACCACCACCUCCACCGCCAUCAAAACCACCACAAACACAACAACCAUUAGUCAAAACCACGGUCAAAAAGGCCGAACCUGCACUUCAUUGGUCAUAUCGUGCAAAAGACGUCAAAACAAGCGUUCCUGCAAACAAUGUGGCAGCGGCAGCUCCCAAAAAACUUGCAGUUGCAAAAUCAAACGCGAAGGCUAAAUUACCAAACAAUGUCGCCACUGCUAAUGCUUCUCCCUCAAAAUCUAAACGUCGAUAAAGCAUUAGUCAAUACUUUACUGGCUUAGGUUUCAAUUUAUAUGGUAAAAUCAUCCUCUAAAUUUUUUGUAUCAAAUGCUCGUGUUGGAAUAUGCAUGUCAUGCAAAGAAUAAACUUGUCGGAGAAAU